ACUAAACUCAAGCACGACCACUAAUGACGCCUGGAUCAUUGGCAGCGGCGCUCUUGGCCUUCCUGGCGGCGCUCUACGCCGCCACUGAUCCGCUGCGAAUCGGCCCCACUGUCGGCUUCCCCGACUUCCGCGCCAUUCAUGUGGAGCAGCCCUCGCCCGCGCAGCUAGGUGAUUUCCAGGGCGAUCCACACAAUCGCCUCGCCGCCCGGGCGGAGGUCCGCUUCUCGGGCCAAGUCUGCGGCCCCGAGAGCAUCGCCUUCGAUCCGCAAGGCCGCGGCCCCUACACUGGCAUCUGCGAUGGCCGUGUCCUUCGCUGGGAUGAGGAGCAACAAGCAUGGAUCGAAUUCGCGGUCACUUCUUCCAAUCGAUCUGCGUGCGCGCCCAAGGAUCCUCCGCGGCCCAAUCUCGCGAACGAGCAUAUCUGUGGGAGGCCGCUGGGCUUGCGAUUCAAGAAGAGCUCGUCCGAGCUCUACAUUGCCGAUGCUUACAAGGGAUUGCUGGUGGUGGGAUCGCAAGGGGGUCUUGCCUCUCCGCUCGUCACCGAGGUGGAAGGCCAGCCCCUGCUGUUCACCAACGAUCUAGAUCUGGACGAGGAUGGAUGCGUCUACUUCACAGUUACAAGCUCCAAAUAUCAAAGAAGGAACUUCAUACUGCCGAUUCUCGAGGGAGAUGACACUGGCCUUCUGCUCAAGUAUGAUCCUUCGACAAAGCAAGUGAGCGUUUUGCUUCGUGGGCUUCAGUUUCCAAACGGUGUCUCCAUGAGCAAGGAUUACUCCUUCCUAGUGUUUGCUGAAACCACCAAUGGAAAAUUGACUCGCUACUGGCUCAAAGGUCCCAAAGCUGGAACUCCAGAGCUCUUCGCUAUCCUGCCGGGCCACCCAGACAACGUUAGAACUAACGAAAAUGGAGAGUUUUGGGUAGCGAUACAUGCCUUGAGAAAACCCGUGAUGCGUUUCCUGGGGCCCCGUCCAAGGCUGAGAGACUUCCUCGUCAAGCUCCCAAUCCCUGCCAAGAUGAUCACCGGAGGAGGUCCUUACGCUCUGAUUCUCAAGUAUGAUGCCGAUGGUAAGCUAAUCGACGCCCUCGAGGAUCACAAAGGCCAAGUUGCUUCUUAUGUGAGCGAAGCCGAAGAGCACGAUGGUCACCUCUGGCUGGGGACGGUCCUGUUGAACAAGAUCGUUGUUUACAAGCUGUGAGUGAUUCCAUAGGCAAGGAAAAUUUCGGUGCUGCUCACAAAGAAGUUGGAUAAGUACAACAAAUAUUUCCAAACAAUUACAUUCAAGAAAACGACUCGAUUUCACA